AUGUCUGCAGACCCGCGAAGGACGAUGCGCACCCGCGCCAUCCGAGCAUCCUCUGCUCCUGUCCUCCCCUCGUCUCUGUCGCCCGUGACCGAGCUCGCCAUGGGACAGUCGUCGGCUCCGCUCCCGCACUCGGAGGGGUCGUCGAACGACCGCCGUUCAUCGAGGCGUUCCCGCGACUCGAACGCGGUCCGCCUCCUCGUCCCCGUCCUCGAGUACCGCGACCGCUUCACAGACACCCUCCCCGUCGUCGUCGAGAGUCCCGGCACGCUCUUCGCUCUCUCCCCUUCGCCCUCGUCGUCCCGCCCAGCCCUCCAAGCCAAUCGCCAGCGCAGGCACACCGACCCGUCUCCCGCGUCUUGGAUGCCCUCUGCACACGCCGACCAAGUCCUCGCGACUCUCGAACCCCCUCCGCCGGACUACGACGAGCUCUUUGUCCCAACUCCCGCCGACUCGCCCCGCUCUGCUUCGCCCGUCCCCCCGCCUGGUCCGCCGAGCUACACUGCGGCUGUACAGGCUGGAGCGGGUCGCGAACGUUCAAGGACAGGACAAGGGCGCCGUGGAUCUGGCUCGUCGGGCUCGACGGCGGAGGAGGGACAGAAGCGCUCGAUGGUCAAGCGGUUCGUGAGGUGGCUCGUUGUGGAUGACAAACGCCCUACUCCGGCUCAGCAACCCUGGACCGGCUACGCCUCCCUCUUCGGCUAG